CCCUAUCGUUUUGACCAGGCAAACCUUCUUGGUAGUGUAAGGUAGGCCUUUGAACAAGUCGACGAGAACAAGAGUGAAUCAAGGAGUAUCUAGUACAUAUCAUAGAUAAUCAACUUGAUCGGUGCGCUGUCCGCCUGGCGACCUCCUCAUCCGCGACGGUGGCCGCCAUGAGCCGUUGCGUGCGGUUUUGGGUGCUGUGUUUGUGCGGAAGAGCCACGUGGGGAUUGGUUGGUGACAACGAUGACACUGCCAUCUCUUUUCCAACAGAAGAGGCCUUCCUCAAAGGACUGGAAGAGCCUCAAACUGCCGAGCAGGUGAUGUCGAGCCACCUGCAGUGGAUGCGCUUCUUAGUUUCCCGAAGCUGGUGGCGCGCAGCCAAGGCCAUGGUCUUACGUGCUCAUCAGCAGUUAGAUCGCGCUCGUGUGGAAGCUCUAGACUUUGAGGUUCGCUUGCGCACCAACGACGUGAAGCAAGAAGCCGAUCAGUUGAUGGACUUCACCGAAGAGGCCUUCCGCGACCAGCGCCAGGGCCUCGACGAGGUGCAUUGUGCUUUGCAGUGGGCGCAGAACUCCACGACCAUUUUCCUCGGUGUGAAGUUCGCGAGUCGUUGGUCCGCACCGGGAGCAAUCGAAAUCAAAGACCUCACCGUGAACAUCAGUGAGCGGAACUUUACGCUGGCAGCUUUCGGACACCACUCCUCCAUCCGCAAGAGAUAUGUGGUGGAUUUGCCCUUGUUUGGUCUGAUCAGCUCCACUGGUAGCAGCUGGUCCUCUGCCAGCGUGGGACGUGCCACGGCCACGCUGCAGAAGAUAGCGCCAGAGAAGUGGACAAAGCUCACUUCUUCCAAGUCCAAGCAUCAGAUCACCAGCUGGCUGGACAUGGAAGAACGAUGGGCAGAAGAGUUGCGGAAGGCCAGCAGCCCUCAGAAGGCUGCGCCAAAGGAGGCGGUAGCCAAAGCUGCAGCCGACAGCAGCAAGAAGGGGCAGCGUGUGAGCAUCUCUUGGCAGAAACGGUUCCAAAGACACUGGAAGCGCCUCCCGAAGCCGGUCCGGAAAGUGCUUCCUUGGCUUCUGCUGGCUGUGGGCGCCUUCAUCUCCGGCAUGGCCAUCUUCACUCUUUGCACGCGCAGCGGGGCUCCGGAUAAGGGUGCCGAAUUCAAGGCGGAGCCCUUCUUGGAGAUACCAUCCCCAUCCUGAAGGCCUUCAAUGAGCGCACUCCAAGUGGAGCGUUCUCGGCAUGUUCACCGCUUGUGGCAUGGGCUGGCCGGCUGGAGAUUCACCCGAAUCGCAACCACACCAGCUGGCCAGCGCCCUGUGCUCGCCGGCGCCGACAUGCCACGAGCAGCGUGCAUAAUGUCGUGCAUUCCAUGUGCCGCAGCGUGGGUCAAGUCACCUUGGUC